AUGAGCGUGGAGCGAUGCCCUGGUCCUGAUCCAAGCGUUACACAUCACCGUUUUCAUCUGCUGUCGACACCUGCAGGAACCGAAGCCUCCCGCCAAAGAGGCAUCAUCUUGAUGCGUCGGGCCAGCCUCUUCACAAGCCCCUCUCGGCGGAAGCCCUGUGCGCCGGACGAGCAAAGAUUCGCCACAAACCGUCCGAAAAUAUUAGGCGCAACAUCUCUUUUUGCAUUUGGUGGGCACAGAAAAGACUCCGAAUGCAGUCCCGGAAGUGAUCUCGAGCCGGGUGAUGGCACUCCAGCACUUGCGGUGACGGAGGCAUCUGUGGUGGAUGUUUGGAGAACCGACAAUGGAUUAUAG